UCUUUUCAGCUCGUGAAAUUGUAAACAGUCAAAUUAAUUUUUGGACAUUUUUAUCAAUUAUGAAAUAUUUCUUCUAUUUAACAAAGCCGUUCUCAGUAGUGCAUACUCUUCAAUGGUGCAUUAGUCAAAACUCUCGCUCACUCGUUCAUUACAUUGUUCUAAAAUGAUUUCCUGUAUUGCGGAAUAGGACGCAUAACCUGGCAUCACAACACGAACUCAAGUGUUUUUUUUUCUUAUCCUCAUGAUAAUUUUAGUCGGAAACUCAGUCCGAAAUAUUUCAAGAAUCGAGAAAAAGUGCUCCUGUAAUUUUUAAAUUGUCUCCCGACUUUUCAAAUCCUGCUGUUGGCAGUAAUAUUGUUGACACUCAGCAAACACUACAAUUUCUUAUCCAGACGGCAAGUGCUUGAAUCCUCAUGUUUUGCGAUCACUGAAGCUUGCAUUUUUUCACAACUACAGUCUGACCAUCUCACAUUUUUAGUUUUUGCAGAUGUAUCAAGUCUGUAGGAAGUAAGCAGCAAGUGAAUGGCGAUAUUUAAAACAGAGCAGAAUGACCAUCUUGUACUACGCUCUUGCAGCUUUCUGUAUGCAUGCAGUUUUCCUCUCUGCAGAAGAAAGAAAUAAAACUACCUCAUGUGAAGUUUAUGACAGACAAAAAUGUAACGCAACAAGUCCAGCAGCUUGCACUGCUGUAGAGAAAUGCAUAGACACUGAGCCGGAUAAACAGUCCUAUUGUUUUGCUCUAUGGCAGAAUGACACCAAAACUGGCAUUUCAUCAAUGAUAAUUAAGGGGUGCUGGGCGUUUGAUCCGAACUGCCACAACCAGACCAGAUGUGUGGAGACAGCAUCGGAACAUAAAGAUAUGUUUUAUUGUUGUUGCGAAGGUGACAUGUGCAAUAGUAGAGUGUAUUGGGAGCCCACUCCUACCAUCGUUCCGAAAAUAACCGCCAAAAAUAACACCUCGCCUGGUUGGAAUGAAAAGAUCCUGUAUUUACUGUUAGUAGUUUUUGCCUUGAGUCUUGGAUCUACCAUCUCCUAUCGAUUUUUCCGGAAAAAGAAGGGGUUCAGUCAGUGGGGGCCGUCAUUGGAUUCAUCCAAUUGUCUUUCUUCAUCCCCGUUGAUGGGCAAUCGCUCCAUUCAACUGAUGGAAAGGAUAGCAUGUGGUAGAUUUGGCACGGUUUACACAGCAAAAUACAAUAAAACCACCGUUGCUGUCAAAAUAUUUUCAACGCAGGACAAGCAACUAUGGUUAACAGAACAAGGAAUUUUCAUGUUAGCUCAUAUGCAACAUGAGAACAUCCUUCAUUUCAUUGGUGCGGAAGUACGGGGUAACGAAUUAGAAACACAAUUUUGGCUUAUCACGGAAUAUCAUUCACAUGGCUCUCUGUGUAACUACCUAAAAGGAAACACCAUAACGUGGGCUCAGUUGUGCAAGAUAUGUCACUCCAUGGCCAAAGGACUGAUGCAUCUUCAUGAGGAACUUCCACCCACAAAGGGGGAAGGAUACAAACCAGCUGUAGCACAUAGGGAUUUUAAAAGUACGAAUGUACUUCUCAAAGAAGACCUGACAGCGUGUAUUGCUGAUUUCAAUUUAGCCUUAAUUUUCCUUCGUGGUAAACCCUGUGGAGAUGUCCAUGGCCAGGUGGGCACAAGAAGGUAUUGGGCCCCAGAAGUGCUAGAAGGAGCAAUCAAUUUCUCUCGCGAUGCCUUCCUGCGGAUAGACAUGUACGCUUGUGGCCUAGUUUUAUGGGAAGCUGCUUCCCGGUGUACUCAACAAAUGGGUCCCAUACCAGAAUAUAGACUGCCAUUUGAAGAGGAAGUGGGGCAACUACCUUGUUUAGAAGAUAUGCAAGAAGCGGUUGUUCAUAGGAGACAAAGACCGACAAUACCUGACUCUUGGAGGGACUCCACUCACAAGGGUAUGGCAGCUCUGUGCGAAACAAUGGAAGAGUGCUGGGACCACGAUGCUGAGGCGCGAUUAUCAGCAUCUUGCGUCAUGGAGCGAAUAGCAGCCUACACAAAGCUGUGAGUCAAACAAGUGCCAUUUUUAAUUACUUUCUAAAAUCUAUAGUGUUUGUUAUUUUUUAUUUUUGCGUACCUAAUAUCUGUACUCAACCAGGGCGAUUGAAAAUCGAAGAGAAUCCAGAAUAUUACCUCUAUUUUUAAGGAAUUAAUUUUUUUACUCAACUACAAAUUGUGAAUCGGAGCUUUCCUUUGUGUUAAAUCAAUUUUUCAACUUAGACUAGUUUGAAAUCUUAAGGAUAUUGCGAGUAGAAACAUUAUAAUAUUCAGACAAAUUGAUUUUGCCUUCUAAUUUUCUUGUGCUUGAGGUGUAACUCCAUCGAAGGCUGUACCUAGUCAGAUUGAGUAAGUUUAUUCCUAGUUGUUUUCAGUUUUAUGUAUAUCUUUUGAACACUUUCGUACUCUAGAGUUUGUAAUCAUUCGUAUUUUUAACUUUUUAUUUACUGAUUGAUAUUUUCGAAUCACUAUCGUAUUCAUACCCAUGACAAUAUCCGAUUUAUGAAAUUGGAUUUCUUUUUUCUGACUUACUCUCUUGUUAUUGGUUGAUGUAAAAGGUCAAAUUAUAACUGCAAAAUAAUUAAUUUCUUUAAAACUAUAUCAUGCAUUUCUGAAAUGAAGCCUCAAAUCAUUACUUUGUUAAAAAAUCGCCUGCACUGUUAUUGUAUCAUCCGUAAAUUUAGUGACAAAUAUUCGCAAAAUCUCAUGAACUUUUCUUCAUGUUUUCGCUGAGAGCUGCAGAAAUUUUUGGACAGCUUUUCUCCUCAGGUCAUAUACAGCCAAAUCAAUUAUUGCAGGCAUUUUGAAACGAAUCAAUGGAUUUCACCAUCCUCCUCUGAAAAAAAUUGAUCAAAUGAAAACUGAAUUUUAAUUUUGAGAUUUGUUCUCUGGGACUUCGGAAACAGUUACUUCCUGAACUUCCUUCUUCUUAUUUUACUUUUUUUUCUAAACUGCAAACAUUAAAAUUCACAAACUUAUCAUCUUUCUCCCUCCUUUUUAUAUUGUGAAUCAAUUAUUUUUACUACUUUAAAGCAAACCUACAACUCAUUAUUCCCUAACAUCAUUAUGGAACCGCUCUAGCUAGUUUAUGCAGAAUUGAUCCGCAAUAUUACAACCUGGUCCAUUUCCUGAAGGAUCUUUUUUUUUUUUUUACAUAAUGUAUCUUAAAGUGAGGAUGGCGGCAAAAUGUAUACGUGAGGAUUUUUUUCACUUUUUCAACAAGUCACAGCUUCAGGAACAGAUCUAACGGUUAUGAAAGGAAGUUUUUUUCACCAAAUGUAUUUCCUAGAAUACCAAAUUGAGAUACCCUUUGACACUGCAAAUUUAUUAACCUUGUGUGAAAAUAAAUACAAAAUACUCCUCAAGGACCAAGAUUUGAGGAAAGGGCUUGUGGCAAUAGAAUAUGGUGCUUCUGUCCAAGUUUUUUUUUUCCACUAACACUUGGAUUAAUAUUAAGAUCCCAAGUUCGUUAUUUUGCCCAGAAUUUGUUGGAAGACUGUUUGUUUAUGGUUGUGUUACUGCUUUUAACUUCGAAUGAUAAAUAAGUGAAAAUUUUCUCGAAAUGAAAAGUGGGCUUGUACCAGGAGGAAAGUGAGUUCAAACAAGUCUUGAAAAUUCUAGAGUCGAUUCUCAAAAUCUUUAGCUUGUUGGAAAGUGGAAGGUGCAAUACAUGACUGCAUUUUUUUCUUGCAUAAUGGGCCAAUAGACAAAGUCUGAACUUUAAAAAAAAACGUUACACGCUUUCGCUUCAAAAUAUUACAAGGAACAUGAUUCACAUAAUGGGGAAUUCGAUUUUGGCAAUCAACUUCUGAACAGCAUACAUAUUAACAGUUAUUUUUAAUACAGAUUAAACGAAAGUUAUGUAGAUUAAACAAACGACAUCAUUUAUAUUUUUUUCCAUUUAAUCAAUGUUUAGUAUAAUCACUUGUAUCUUGAUUAGCAGUUUGUUUCCACAUUUCUCAUUGUGUGAUUAGUUUUUCCGGUGAAAUUUUGAAAGAAAAAAUGUUUCACAGUGUUUUAAUGCAAAUCUUCUCUAGAGGCACAUUGUCUUUUUGUUUUUUAGGCAGGACAAUUCUUUCGACUUUUUUUUUGGAUAACUCAUUUGUUCAUCAGUGUUUUCAAGUUUUGGUAUAUUCUAGGUUUAGUAUUCUGUGUAUAAUUACUCGGAGAGUGUAGUUAUAAAAUAAUAUGUAUUCCUUUGAACAGUUUCCUAAAAUGAUUAAUUUCAAGUAAAUUUUAGUGUUAAUGAAAAGAUUGUCCAUUCGGAGUUGAAAUAUCUAUGUACCUGGACUGUUGAUAUCACUGGUGCUGAAAUUGUUUCAAGGAAGAAAUUCGGUAAGGGAGGACAGAAAAAUUGAGAUUGAAAUAAAUAUUAUUAAUUUACUAGUCUUGCUUAAAACUUCAAAGGGAAAUCAAACCUUUUUUUAUUUGUUUAAAAAUUUCAGGUGUUCAAUAAUAUAAAAUAGAAAAUAAAAAAGAACCUCCUUUUAAUAACCUUAAUCAAAUCUGAACUCAUCUAAGCACAAUAUAUUCAUAAGUGAAAUUGAAAGAUGAAUUUGAUGUUUAAUCAUUGGAACUUUGGCUUCCAUUUUAAAUUUUCAAAAUAGAUUUUCUAGGAAUUAAUUAUCUAUUAAUUCCGCUUAAUGUAAGUGUUUUUUUGUUUAAAAUUUUAAGUGGAAACCUGUUUUAGCAGAAUUUGUAGGAGAAUUCUUUACUCAUCUGCAAGAACCAAAAGUUUUUGUCCGAUAACUAAAAAAAUUGAGGAUUUGUCACUGUCUCUGAGAUAUUUUAUUGUUUGAAAUAGUUUAUAAUUUGCAAAUCAAUGAAAAAUGAUUCAUUGCUGUGAUGAAAUCGUUUAGAACUCUUAAGGUGCCAAAUUUUUUUUUGACUUAGUCGAAGCAAUCAAAAAUAUGUAAAGUGGAGUCAGUUCAGACUUGAUUUUAUUUAAGUUAACUUAAUCUUCAUAACAUUCAGGUCUCAAAGGGGAACUUUCUGCACCUCCUACAAGAGUAAAACACUUACAUGUGUUCCUCAGAAAUGUUCAUCAUAAUCAUUGAUUUUCAUAAGUCAACCAAUCAACCAAUAUCCUUUGAAACAUCAGAAAAAUAGUUAAAUUUAAAUCCUAAUUAAAAAUAAUCUUUUUUUCAUAUGGAAAAAACCGAACAAGCAUACUUCAAAUACCUAGUUAAUUUUAAUUGGUAUGAAUAGUGAUAAGAAUGAAUGUAUCUAAAUGCCCACAAAGUUAUUGCUAGUUUUAUGGCAAGACAAAUGCUCAAAUCAUAUUUAGUCAUAGUUUAGGUUCGAAGCUUGUGUGCUGUUUUUCAUAAAAAUCUAAAAGCGUGUAUAAAAAUCAAUAGGACUUCAUUUCUCAAUUAGGAGCUAUUAUUCUCGAAUCAUCCAUAAUAGCAUGUAUCUGCAAAGGGAAGCAAAUGGCACCUAUGUUGUUUCUGAAAUGAGCCAGAAAUAAUAUUUUUUUGAUUGCAAUGGCUGACCUUUGAGAACAGGUAUAUCAAUUGCAUAAUUUCAAAAGUUGUGCGUCUAUUUUACUUUUCAAAUGGAGAAUAAAUUAAUUUUGUUGCUUGAAAUUUUCUCAGAAUGAAGUUCAUACAAAGGAACAAACUGAAAAUUUCUAUACAUUUCCAUCGAUUAGUCUUCCAUUUGAAAAGUUAACGACAAGAGAUUUACAACUUCACAAAAUAAGAUUCAAAUUUUUUGAGCUUUAUUUUUGAUCAUAUUUUGUGUGUAAGUAGAUUUUAUCAAUUUCGUCUCAUCUGCAAAACAAACAAAAAACCUAUAAACCAAGCAUAUUCUGUCACUGGAGAUUAUAAUUUUAAGAGAAUAAACAAAAUCCAUUCUUCGCUAAAUAUUUGGAGCAUAGCGUCAUGGCUACCUACUCUGGAUAUUUUGAAGCUUCCAUUAUUUUUAACGCUUUUCUAUCAUCAGUUCAUCUUUGAUGCUAAGUUUUUACCACAUCUGUCUGGUUUUCAUCGCCUGGUUAUAUCUCUGUCAAAGUAUGAAUCAUUACUGUUCAUGUAAGUUUUUGAAAGAUCUCAUCAUGAUGGCGUAAUAUUCAUAGUGUGUUUUAUUUUUAUAUAUCUUUGUUGUACAAAAUGUUAUUUUGUAAUUGUUGAUUUUUGCUUUCAUGUAAUGUUGUGUAAAAUAAGUGUACAUCAGUGUAUAAAUAGUGUGAAAGUCAACGUGUUUUGAUACAUUUAACAGGGUGUCUAACAGAUUUUUUUUUUUAUUUUCGUUCGCUCAUUAAACGUCAUCCAUUCUUUUUCCAAGUUUUUGUCAGUAUACCAAACAACUGGAGCAAAAUGGUUCUUGUAGCUCUCGUAUUACUAUCCUGAUUUUUUCUCCUUCCCAUAGGAGAUGAGAUUAAUCCUUACUCUCUUCAAAAUUCUGGAUAAAGUACUUGAGUAUUUUUCUUUUCGCUUUUUUACUACCAAAAUACAAUUAGAAAUUGAUUUUUUUAUCUAUUAUCAUGGAGCACAAAAACCUGUAAAAGUAGCAAAGAUUUUGUGGCAGUCUUUUACAGUUUUCUUGCGGAACUCACUGGAAAACUCUGCUCGUUGAGCUUCUUUACACCGAGUUUCAGUUUUUCAUCAACAUAUUCAAAUUUUCAAACUAGCUUAAAAUGAAUUUUAUUUGUCUAUAAGUACUUUUCAUUGGAAAUAAUCAACCACACAACACACAUGAUCAGUUCUUAUCAGUGCGUCCAGUGAAUUGAUGCUGUAAAAAAUUUUAUCAGUAAUGCAGGCUAUCCUUUGCGAUUUCAUGUUUUUUUUUCAUGAUACCUAUCAUUUAUCCCAUGAAAUUUUCACCCUCUUGGUGCAUCUAUACGGGUAUUUUUCAUAAUGUUUUAAAAUUGUUAUUAACUUUUUUAGGUGCUUUUCUGUUUGUAAAUUUAUGGGAUUGAAAUCAUAGGUUGAAUAUUUUUAUCAAGACAGACAAGUCAUUUGCUAUGUAUGUGUCAGUGAUCUAUUCUGAUCCUCUGUUUUGUUUAAUACAGAACGAAUCAGUUUGUAUGAGCAGGUAGGUGUCUUGAAAGGUUUGCACUACAGUGGUCUCCUAAUUGUUGAUAUUAAUUGAGGCCUGUAGGCCGAAUCUGAUAAUUGAUUACUGACAGAACAUUUGUUAAGCCCAUCGUAUGAAUUAGUAAGUCUUUAGUUAGAUUUAUUGUUCUUGAAAUUUUCUGGAUAUUUUAGCCAUAUCUUGUAGUUAAAGCUUUCCAUCCCUCCCCAAAUUCUGGCCUGUUAGCUUAAGUAACAGUAUUGAUAAGUACAAUGAGUCAAUGGCAUAACAUUUCUAUAGCAUACCUGUCAGAUAUCAUAUUCCAUGAGUAAAAUUUCUUGAAAAUUCCGAAAAGCUCAUCAUAAAUUUAAAAUGAGCACUUCUAAGGAGAGAAAAAUCCAAUGAUAAUCUGAUCAAUCAUCGACUGACAGUCGUGAUGAUGUAACGAAGCCAUAUCUUCGGCUGGGCCUCAGCCAAGCAGCGAAUGCGUACUCUCCCGCUUGCCUACAUCAUAAUCGACCGCCGAAAAUACUAUCUCAAAUGGGUCCAGAUUUUGGCGACUUCAAAAUAGAUUUUCUGCAUCAUUUUGAGUAAAAAAAAUUACUGGGAGUUUAAUUUACUCAGUGCAUCAAGAAAACGAAAAAGAAAAAGAAAAAAAUGAAUAAAAAAUAGGCGCUGUCCCAACGUUGACCAGAUAAUCAGGAGACCACUGUAUGUUUAUAGUAAUCAUUGAUUCUUUAGUCCAGUAGUUAAUUUCUUACCUGGUCUCUUAGUGCUCAAAGUGAAACAUAACUAUUCUAGAAGUUCAAAGUAAUUUUAAUUUUGAUAAUUAAAAGAAACAAAAAAUUUAAAAAAAAAAUGUUGAGUUACUUUUUAUUGUACCUAACUGGUUGAAUGUGCAUUGUUUUAAGUUUUCCUCUACUUAACUAUAUUUAGAUUUUAAUCAACUCAGGGCUGGAUUCAAUUAUCGUAACCAACACUGCUUAUGUGACUGAAUCUUCCGACAGUUGCUAAUAUUUUUAUCUUAUUUUGAUUUGUGAACUUGACUUUGAUUCCCUUUCAGCUCAUUUAGGAAGUUUUUGACAACUUACUCUAACAAAUUCCACAAAGAACUUACAAAGUCAUGUAUGACAGGAUAUGUGAAAAGAGACCUCACCUUCCGAGAGAAAAUUUUCCUCAACUUUUUGCAAAUUUAUGGAGGAAGUUUGACAUUCAAGUCUCAAAAAUUGAAGGAUCUGUAAAUCCUGAAGUUAGGCUGCAGAAAAACGCAGUAUAAAUCUGUGCAAAAUGUUAAGGAAAAUUUUCCAUACAAGAUAUUUCUCGGAAGAUAAGGUCCGCUUUCACAAAUCUGGUCAUAUUUUCAUCUACCAUAUCUACACGUAUGACUGUAAAUAUUAGCAGUGUCGAUUUAUCACAUUGAACAGAAAUUCCAAUUUUUCCUCUCUUUUUAUCUUUUUCCUCUGGUGUGUUUUUAGUUUUAUUUUUGUAAUAUUUUUAUAAGGUACAUAAUUUUGAUUGUUGCCAACUGAUUUAUUCAUGAUGUAGAUAAUUCUAAUUCCUGCUGAAUGCUUAAGACAGUUAGCUUUAUUCUUAAUUGUCCAUCAGUAGUACAAAUUAAAAGUUAUUUAUGGAAUUAUUAUCUUCAAGGAAUUUCACAUCGUGCACAUUUGGAUGUAUUUCUGCCAAAAGGAACUAUGUGCAUUAUGACGUGAGCCCUGUUAUGCAAACAUUCUAAUGUGUGUCAGGGCUCUUGUCUUAAUGUGCAUGCGCAUAGUUUUUUUUUGGCAGAAAUAGUCCAUUUACACUGUUCCUUCUUUGUUCCAUGUCUCUUUGAAGGAACUUUGUCAAGAUCAGGCAAUUUUCAAUCACAGAAAUUAUUUUUUGAAUAUUCCUUUUCUCCUUCAUUCACAUAUUCUGUCUCCCUGCAAAAUAAGAGAACAUAUCAACGGUGAAACUGCUGAAAGGCGUUUUUCGUUUUUGGUGUUUUAAAAUCUCCGUUUCAUUUUUCAAAGAGCAAAAAACCACUGAUACUGCUCUAAAGUUUUACAGAAUAUUCUUUAUGUUAAACUGAAAAGUUAAAGUAUUUUCGAAAAAUGACGCUAAUUACUUUUCCUUGUAUAAAAUAAAGUAUGACAAGAAGUCUGUAAUGUCGCGUCAUGAUCCUGCAGUUUCACCGUUUAUAUUUGCCCUCAUAAGUUCAAUUGUGUAGGUUUUUGAUGCUCAUUUUAUUUUAUCAGCCAGUAGAAAUGAAAAAUGCUGCUGAUGAAUCCUUUCACAUCUCCCCAAUCGUCUCAAAAUCUUAAAUUGGUUUUAAUCAGUGAAAUGUAAGUGAAAAUGUUAUGACAUUGAAUUGUCAACUGUGCACAUCAAAUGUUUUAAAAAGUCCAUAAUCAUUCCAUCCUAUCACAGAUGAAUAAUUAUUCUUAUCCUCCUGAAAAUUUCCCCAACUUUUGUUCAUAUUCAUUAAGAACCUCCCCAAGUUUUUAAACCUGAAGGUACAACAAUAAUUUGCCAUAAAAAUGGAAAUUUUGAGACAUCACAAUGUAGUUGAGCCCGUAUUUACGGUAGCUCAAGAAUUUGCAGAAAAGAUAUCAGAGAAAUGGUAGUAGUUUCGAUUUGUUAAUGGCAAUGGAUAUUUUUUGCCUGAAUUGAUAAUGUUGGAAAAUUUUAAAUUAAUGUGGAUUAUGUACCUAGAUCAAACUUCAAUCAAUUAUGUACUUAAGUCUGUAGCGAAUGUAACGGAUUUUGAUGCAUAUCUCUGAGGAUAAAGACUACAUAAAUCAAGGAAAGACAAUUAGCUUCAGUUUUAUAUUGUUUUAUCAUCUCUGAUGAUGUAUUUAAGAAAAUCUAUUGUCACUAUGGAUUGUAGCCUCAUCAGUAAUUUCUAAAAGUAAGAAUCUGGAGCCGCAGUGCAUUGACAAGUAGUAUAAAAUCAUGGAAAAGGAGAUCAGGUUCCCAUUAUGGUUUGAAAAAAAGAUUACACUGAAGCAGAGUUGUAACUUGAUUAUUUUUUCCAUUAAUUGCUCCAAUUUUGCAGAACCACUUUAUCCUGGUUUCUUCUGAUUAUAUGGUGCACCACGUUUUAAGUACCUUUUUUUCAUCUCAAAAAUUUGGAUUGUUCCUUUUGCUUCUAGUAUAUCAGCAUGUAAGUAUGCAUGAGCAAUUAGGUGUGUGAGUUUUUAAUAUUUUCAGGAUUUUUUUGAGUUUCGCAUCAAAUUUAGUUACAUUUUAUUUGAUCACAUUUGAAUACAUCAGAAUUGUAAAUCAUGUAUACUGUAAAUAUGAGAAUAAAUGUAAGAUAUUUUCAUGUAA